AUGCUAUUGUUGUGCACGACUUGUGGUAAUAUAUUAAUGGUUGAACAGGAUACAGCAGGGCACCGAUUUUCAGGCAAUACCUGCCCAUAUAUAUGUAGUAUUAAACGAAAAAUUUCAACUCGAACAUUUCCACGAUUGAAGGAAGUUGAUCAUAUCAUGGGUGGUGCAGCCGCAUUGGAAAAUGUAGAUUCCACCCAAGCUGAAUGUCCUGCGUGCUCUCACAAAAAAUCUUAUUUAAUGCAAAUGCAGACCCGGUCUGCGGAUGAGCCGAUGACCACAUCUUAUAAGUGUUGCAAUAAAAUUUGUGGCCAUAACUGGAGGGAUUACUCCUGUUAUGCGCCUUUUCAAAAUUAAGUCAUAUGCGCUUUGUUGCAAAGUUCAAAAAACGCUUUUGGAUGCCUAUUGGCAUCCAUGGUACCUACUCCUUCUUUCGACAUACUACACUAAAAUGCUUCCAGCUUCACGGGGAAAGGUCUUCGACGUGCUAGACUCCAGGGCUUUAAAUGUUGCUCGCCGCUAUUUAUUAAACGGAGAUUAUCGCAUUGCCUACGGGUACUGUGUAUGGUCUAGCUCGUAUUGCGAAUAACGAGGAGGCCAUAAAACGACUAUAUGAAAUAAGGACGUAAUUGUUUUAAACCAGUUGCGAUUUGUGUAAAAAAUUUAGAAGCCUUUCGUCUCUAUGGAAAGUCGGACCAUUUAAAUGAUUCCGUCUUGCCUCGGACUACUGGAACUCUCACAAUAUCUUGCGGAACAAUUCAAAAGCAGAAGUGCUCAGAGUUUAAACAUUCAACAACGCGCGGGAUAU